UUGUUCGUUUAUUCGUUUGACGAUAACAAAAAACAGAACCAAGUGAAAUGACGACGUUAUGAACUGUUUCGUAUGUUGUUCUAUGAUAAUUUGUUCUUAAAUCGGUAUAAAAGUGUUUCCGAUAAUUUACAAGAACCAUAAUAAUAUGAUGGAUCGCGAAAGGCGACAGCUCGAGGAUGAGGAGCCGGGUGUGUUACUAUACGAGGAAGAUGAGAAAGGGCAGCUCGUCGUAGUCAAGUCGUUGGAGUCAGCGUCGAGCGCGUACCUGCGUUUCACGAAUAGAACUUCGCGGGCUGUCGACGUCUGGUGGAGGGACUUCAGCGGCGUGAAGAAACACUACGUCAGGUUGCAAGCGGACACUUACUUCGACAUCAACUCAUUCAUAACACACCCAUGGGAGUUCUCUGAUGUAGCGACAAAAGAGACAUGUGUGAUUAACAAUAAAGCAAUAUUCCGACCACCAAGCAACAUAGGAGGAAUGUUGUAUAGAACAAAUUGGAAUAUCACUAUCAGAGUCAGAUCUCUACGCAGGAGUGCAAUGCUCGUACUGGCGCAGCGCCUCAAUGAUCCUGCAGCGGUUGAUGCUCUGGGGCUGCCCAGGGUGCUGGCGGAGGAAAUAAAAAAGUUGAUUACAGUUUUCCACAGGCCGCAUACACCUACACCACCCCAGCGGGACUGACGUCAGAUCAUCUUUACGAUAGUUGUGAUGGCUAUAUUCCUGUAUCUGUUAUGGUGUUACUUUCAUUACCUCGUCACUAAGGUGUUUGUCAAGCUUUUCAAAUGAUUAAGUUAUACCAUCACUUAAGUUUAUGAGAAUGCAGGUAUGUAAUAGCACGCGGAAACUAAAAUGCUAAUGUGGUUUUAUAAAUAAUCUUUUAUUAUAUAAUAAACUAAAUUUUAAUGAAUUUUUAUGUCAUUCAGGCCACUAAUAUAAGUCUUGUGCGAAUUAAAGAUAAUUGCAUGUCUGACUAUAUCUGAAUAUCCUAUAACUAUAAGGAAAAAAGAGUGCACACAUAUUUCUACAGCAAUUGUGCAAGUUAAUUAAUUUUUUUACCUGCAUCUACGUAACAUAUGAAUUCUUCAAUAUAAUUCAUGGCAAAUUCAAACUUUUGGUGCAAUAAUGUAAAUGCUUUUUAUCUGUGAUCUAAUUUUUUUGUUUAAUCAAUAUUUAAUUAAUGAAUUAAUAGGUACUAUGCCACAUAUUUUUAUUUUAGCAAAUGAAGGCCUCAAAGGCACCCUGUGUACAAUAUUUUGUUAUGAGUAUGGUUUCAUAAACAAUUGUUAUGUAAAUAAUAUAAUUAUAGAUCUUCUAUAUAAAAUCUAUUAUUACCAUGUUAAUUUUUAUUAAGUUGUUCAUCCUGUUUUAAACAUUAAGGGACACCUAAUUAUAAACUGGCUGUUAACUAUAAUUAGGUGUCCAUUAAUGAAAUAGGUAUAUUCAUAUAAAAAUUUAUUUUUGAUUUUUAUUUAUUUAUUUCAAUCUGAUAAUUUAUUUAGGUCAUUGUAAAAGUUUGAAUGUACUUAUAUAAGCACUACUUUGCAUAUUGGUGUGUAUAAAACUUGACCCUCUGUUACAUUAUUAUCAGAAAUUAGUGAUAAAGUGUUGCUACACACACAUGGGCACGGACGUUGGACAGACAGAAUGUGUAGAUAGUGUACUGGAAUGAUGGUAUUUGAUAGACAAAUAGUGUAUUUACAAAAUAUACCUUGUAGAAAGAAAAUGUUGAAGUCAAAAUAAACCUUAUUUGUGGUAUACAAUUUUAUAACUCGAGUCCAAAUAAAAUUUUGUUUAUUAAGUUAAGAAAAUUGUAAUAUUUUAUAACUUUCUUAAUGGUAUAGAUUCAUGAAAGCAAUCAGUACUGCUUUCUCCUGCACACAAGAUGAUGUAAACUAUUUUACUUAUUACAAAUUGUAACAUUUGUAACUUUUAAAAGAGAACAACUUUCUGACUUGAGAUCUCCUCCUCCAGCUUAACUUAUCAAAAGUGCUUACAUAUUAAAGAAGUGCUAUUAUGAAAUAAAUGCAUAGCUAUGUUAUUUAAUGCAAAGAUUUUAUGCUAUAGAUAUGUCCCUUGCGAGGCGGACAAAAGUGGCUAAUUGUCUUAAUCAAAUCGAUCACAUUGUAAACAACGAAGGCUAUUAAAGAAAUAAUACCUAAAUAUUGUCUACAAUAUCUAUAAUGGGGGUAAUAUAGGCACAUAGAAAAUCUUUGAUGUAAUGUAAUAAUUUGUUUGGACUGUUGAUAUAGAGUACAGUGAUGGCAGUAAUAGUCUUGUAAAGUUAUCGCCUGAAUUUUCAUACACACAGUUUCUACAAGGUAUAUUUUGUAUACCACUGAUAAGAUUGACUGAAAAGAGCUUAAGCUAUUAUAGAAUUGGAGUUUUAAGAAUAAGUAAAUUGUGACGAAAUAAAUUCAUCAGCUUUUUGCCUCGGUUUUGUCUGACAUUGGGGAUAGGUUCUGAUUUGUUCUUGAUGCUGUAUUGCAAGAAUGAGCAUAUUAUUAUUGAAUAUCCUGGAUGGGAUUCAGACAUUUUGAAAGUACUGAUAAUCAAGUUCAUCAUAUUAUUAUUUUCACUAAAUAAACCGCUAAGAGAAUUUCAUAUCUUGACCUAUUAUCACUUUUGUCUAGACAUUGCUCUUGAAAUUAUAUAAUUUCGUAUUAUGCAUUUAAUUUAUUUUCUACACUUUUUAACAAGUAAAUAGUAAAUUGUUCCAUCUAAUGGUAAAUUGUAUAUAUUUAGCAAUAUAUUAUAGAGAAAAUAUAAACCCACUAAUAAUUUUUUAUUGUAAAUUAAAUAUUUAUAAUAAUAUAAUGGUUAAAUAAAUAAUAUAAUGGUCACUACUAACCAAGCUACUGGAGGCACUAUAUAAGGGUGUGGUCUGACUUUGUUCUGGUGGAACCCCACACCUCUUAUGUUGACCAAUGUUUUUAGUUUCUGGCAAAUUGCUAGCUUUAAUACAAAUAGUUGUCAGUAGAGAUAAAUGCACUUUGGAAUCAUCCUUCCUGAUAGUCCUGGCUUGACCUUUUAAGUUUUGGUGUUUUUAUCACUGCCAAGUGGAAUAUGACCACUGCCUUCGAUUCGGAGGGCGUAGUAGUUCGAAUCCGGUCCGGGGUAUGGACCUCCAACUUUUAUGUGCAUUUUAAGAAAUUAAAUAUCACGUGUCUCAAAUGGUGAAGGAAGGAAAUACAUCGUGAGGAAACCUGCUUAUCUGAGAAUUUUCAUAAUUCUCUAUGUGUGUGAAGUCUGCCAAUCCGCAUUAGGUCACCUUAGCGAACUAAGGCCUAAUCCCUCUCAUUGUGAGAAGAGACUCGUGCUCAACAGUGUCUGACUAUAUCUGAAUAUCCUAUAACUAUAAGGAAAUAAAGAGUGCACACAUAUACAGGAAUUGUGCACUUUAAUUAAUUUUUUUACCUGCAUCUACAGUGAGCCGAAUUUCUCGUAACUUACAAUUUUAUAACUGAAUCAAGAAUAUAUGAUAUAAAAAUCGUUACAAAACCUUGUCUCUGCAACUAACAACUCUUUCUCAAAGGAACGACUUAUGUAGGUACCUACUCUCGAUGUCAUUUGCAUUUAUUUCUGUGUGUAAGGCUUAACUGUAAAAAAUAUAUAGCUGACUGUUCCAUGUCUAUAAAAUUCAAGAUUUCUGUAUGUAUUUUAUGUAUGUUAAUGCUGAAUGUUUUAAAAUAACAAAGCACACAGCAGCACAGCACUAUAUUAAAUGACUGUUUUUUCUAUAAAU